AGUGUAUGCGCAAAAGAAAUCGAAAAGCCGAGUUUUCAUUUUUCACUCUUUUUUUUUUUCCCCAUUUUUCUUCUUUUUCCCCAAUGGUCAGAAAAGCUUUGUUCUUUACCUCGCGCUGCUCUCCCACUCUCACUUACUCUCUGCAACCUCUAAUAGCGAAAACCGCGACGGCUCUGUCUCGGAUCCACUCUUCCAAGCCUCAACCCUCGCUCUCUCUACGGAUCUCUGAGUCGUCUUUAAAUUUUUUCAUUUCAUCGUUCGCUAUUGAAUUCCGAAUUCUGUUUUUCACUAUUUCUGCAUUUUUUGGAUAAAAAUCGUCGAUUGGGUUUAGAUGUUUAGGCAUUCAAUAUUUCUGCAAAAUACAUGCAAUUUUUUCUGUUUGAUAGCUGUUGUUCUACGUAGUUAAUGGUGGAUGGGAAAAUAUUAGGGUUUUGUGAUCCUGAGGAGAUGGGGUGAAAUUCUAUUAUUUAUAGGAUAAAGUAACUUUGAAAUUAAAUUUGAUCACUUAAAUCCGAAGAAUUUUGGGAUGGUAACUUAUUUUCUUUGUUGCUGGAUUGCCUAUAAUGUCUAUGUUUUUUCAGAUUAUUGUGAAUCUAUUAUUUUGGGGGUGAUGAUAUCAGUGACUCAAGAGCUGAUCCUAGCUUGUUUAAAUGAUUCCAAACUCUUUGUUGUCUCCUUCAAUUCUUCAUUUGAUUUUGAGUUUCUUUAUUCACCUUGCAAUGCAGAAACAGUUAGUUGUAGAGAAGCCUUUCAUCCUUCUGUAAUAGGUUGUAGUGGAUAUAUUUGAACCUGUCCCCUGCCAUGUUCUGCAUGAUAGACUUCUUUCUGUACGCUUACUGCCACUUAAAUGUUUAGCGUUGGUUGAUUUGAUAUUUAAGAUAAUUUGAGAAUGAUGGUAAAUAAUGAUAUGUUUUUGAAUUGUGGAUUCCAUUUUAUUUGAUCUUUAUAUGGCUUAUUUUUACAAUACAGGUGCAGAUUCUUU